CAAAGCGGGUCCAAGAUGGCGGAGGCGGGCGCGGGGAGCCCGCGCGGCGGGGACGCGGCGCCGCCGGGGCCGCCCGAGGAGCAGGAGCUGAGCCGGCGCCUCCGCCGUCUCUACCCCGCCGUCAACCAGGACGAGACGCCGCUGCCGCGCUCCUGGAGCCCCAAGGACAAGUACAACUACAUCGGCCUCUCGCAGGGCAACCUGCGCGUCCACUACAAAGGUCACGGUAAAAAUCACAAAGAUGCUGCCUCGGUCAGGGCCACUCACCCCAUCCCUGCAGCCUGUGGCAUUUAUUACUUUGAAGUGAAGAUCGUCAGUAAAGGUAGAGAUGGGUACAUGGGAAUAGGACUUUCUGCUCAAGGAGUCAACAUGAACAGGCUUCCUGGAUGGGAUAAACAUUCUUAUGGGUACCAUGGUGACGAUGGGCACUCCUUCUGUUCCUCGGGGACAGGGCAGCCCUACGGCCCCACAUUCACCACUGGAGAUGUGAUCGGCUGCUGUGUCAACCUUAUCAACAAUACCUGCUUCUACACAAAAAAUGGCCACAGUUUAGGUAUAGCCUUUACAGACCUCCCUUCAAACCUCUACCCUACAGUGGGUCUCCAGACUCCAGGAGAGAUCGUGGAUGCCAACUUUGGGCAGCAGCCCUUUGUGUUUGACAUUGAGGACUACAUGAGGGAGUGGAGGGCAAAGAUCCAGAGCACCAUUAAGCGGUUUCCCAUAGGAGACAGGCUGGGAGAGUGGCAAGCCAUGCUGCAGAAUAUGGUUUCAUCAUAUUUGGUUCACCAUGGGUACUGUUCAACAGCAACUGCCUUUGCCAGAGUCACAGACACCACAAUCCAGGAAGAACAGACCUCAAUAAAGAAUAGACAAAGAAUACAGAAGCUAGUAUUAGCAGGCAGAGUGGGAGAGGCUAUAGAAGCCACCCAGCAGCUCUAUCCUGGCCUCCUAGAACAUAACCCCAACCUGCUCUUCAUGUUAAAGUGCCGGCAGUUCGUGGAGAUGGUGAAUGGCACGGACAGUGAAGUGCGUUGUUUCAGUGCCCGCAGCCCCAGAUCCCAGGACAGCUACCCCGGCUCCCCCAGCUUAAGUCCUAGACAUGGAUCAAGCAACUCACACGUUCACAGUACUGGAGCAGAUAGUCCAACCUGUAGCAAUGGAGUCAUGUCCACAAAAAGCAAACAGAGUCACAGUAAAUACCCAACACUGAGUUCAUCAUCUUCAUCUUCUUCUUCCUCUUCCCCUUCAUCUGUGAACUACUCUGAGUCCAAUUCUACAGAUUCUACCAAAUCUCAGCAGCACAGUAGUACGAGUAAUCAAGAAACCAGUGACAGCGAGAUGGAAAUGGAGGCUGACCAUUACCCCAAUGGAGUCCUGGAAAAUUCAUCCACCAGGAUAAUGAAUGGCACCUACAAACAUGAAGAGAUCCUGCAGACAGAUGAGUCCAGCAUGGAAGACAGCUGCCCCCAGAGGCAGCUCUGUGGAGGGAACCACGCUGCCACAGAGAGGAUGAUCCAGUUUGGACGGGAGCUGCAGGUCCUGAGUGAGCAGCUUUGCAGAGAAUAUGGGAAGAACACCAUGCACAAAAAGAUGCUUCAGGAUGCCUUUAGCUUGUUAGCUUACUCAGACCCUUGGAACUGCCCCGUUGGCCAACAGCUGGACCCGAUCCAGAGGGAACCUGUGUGUGCUGCUCUCAAUAGUGCUAUUUUGGAAUCUCAGAACCUGCCAAAGCAGCCCCCGCUGAUGCUCGCCCUGGGCCAGGCCUCGGAGUGUUUGCGGCUCAUGGCUCGCGUGGGCCUGGGCUCCUGCUCCUUUGCCAGAGUAGACGAUUAUUUGCACUGACCACCCGAGCGGGACGGAGCCGACGUCGUGGAGUGCUGCCCUUCACCCUCCGUUGCUGCCACUGCACCACCACCUCGUUCGACAGCCUGAGCUCCCUGCCACCGACACCCCUCUAGCACACACACACUGCCUGUGCAAGGAUUGAGUGAGUCCCUCACCGUGUGGCUGUUCCUGCCCCCAGGAAGACUGGCAGAUCUGACCCGUCUCCCUGCCGUUGCUGCGGCUCCAGCGGCACUCAGUAUUUCGCUGGUUAUUCUAAUGUAGCGCCUUCUGAUGUAGGGAUUUUUCUAUUUGUUUUGAUUUGAGUUGUUUCUCAUGGUUCCACCAAUAUUUUAUCUGGAGAGUUUUGCUGAGCUGGUUUAUGCUGAUUUACUGAGGAAGCUCAUCAAAUUGGUGACAGCUUGUUCUUUUCUUCCCUUCUCCCUCCAUCGUGCACAUACAGCAUCAUCCGUGCUAGUAAUCCGAACUCUUCUCACAGUGGCAGUUCAGAGGGAUUUUUUAUUUUAUUUGAAUCAUGUUUAUUAAAAAGGUCUCUUCCACCUCCACAAAGUCAUCGAUGUAUUUAUUGCCCACAGACUUGGUCCCAGCCACACACAUCAUACAACCCGUCAGGAGGCCGGGUGAGGUACUGUCACACACUAAUGAUGGGAGUUGGAGGAGCCUGGUCCUUCAUGGUGCCUCUCUUCAGAGCCCAAGGCUCUCAAUCUUGGCUUUGUGAGUGGGAAGAGUAGAAGAUUGACAUUGCCUGCGUUGGUGGUUGUGCUGUAGAAGCAUCUGACAGCCCUGAGAAAGAGUUAAAUCCAGCUCUCUGAACAGCUGGAGGGACAGGACUGAUUAAUAUGAAGUCAUCUGCCACUGUAUGGGUAGAACCAGGUCAUGUGAGUUGGGCAGAAACAUCCGUGGGUGAUGCCCUGGUGGGCUGACAAUUUUUAAUGAAAUAACAAGUCCCCCUUUUUCUCCAUGGAGGAGGGCUCUGCCAGUGACUAACAGUAUUUCCUGCCCUCUCCCAUCCCCAUAACACUGAUCUAAAUGAGCACUUCUAAGUUUUGGAAGUGUCAGGAGAAACCUGGGCUGAGCUGUGCUUGUCCUUGCAGGUGGGACAAGCUGAGGUCAGGCUGCAGGUUGGGGUCAGUACCAGCUUUGUCGGGCCUGAGCCAUUCAGAAAGGAGCAGCAGUGUUUCUUUAGGGAUUAUUAAGAUAAUUAUCGAAGUUUCAGGCCCAAAAGAGACUAGCAAGGAUCUGUGGGUGAGUUAACCUCCGAGUAAAAUGGACUAAUGUGUCCGUGUUGUGUGCCAACCCCAGGGACUCGAGUGCUGCCAAGCAUUCAGACCACCUGUGAGUGUUUCUGAGCAUGUUCUGUUACCUGGCAAGGCUGCCUGGCAGCACCGUGUGCUUUGCAUCCUCUGCUGUACCAUUAAGAGGUGGCAGGUUCAGCUGCACAGGAGGAGUUGGAAUUCUGCACCAAAUUAAUUGUAGGUCAGUAGCUCUGGGGAGGACCCAAGGGAGCUCCAACCAAACAUGAAUUUUACUGCUGUUAACAAGUUUUUUUUUUGGAAGGUCAGUGAAAGAUGAACAGCUUUUGUUGAGGUUUAUUCUUAAAAUGGAGGUUGGCCUGUGCCAGGACUUCAAGCAGCAAGAGAGCUUGUGUUCCACUGAGAAGGAGAGCAGCAGCAGCCCAAAGCUUUAAGAAUUUUCUGGGUUUGCAGGCUGGAUCUGCAGCUGGCACCUCAGGUCUGCAAUCAAGGCAGAGCAGGGGGGCAGGUGCCAGGGCAGACUGUGGCAGUGAAUGUGCAGAUGGUGUUGGAAAUGGCUGGGAACAUUUUCCCUGCCUUUGGUGAAGGUGUGCAGUGUGUAGGGGCAGUGCUAGAGCCGUGGUGGUCUAAGAAAACAGGACAUUUAGAGAUGGAGGAGAUACUUUUAUCAGAUCCCUGGUAUAGCUGCAAAAAGCAGAGGGAGCUCUACCACAGCCGUUCUUCCAGGGAGACAGCUGCACCAAGCAGAAUUUAACCUGCCAAUCUGGAGCUCCUGUUCCAGCUCUGGGGAACAGCUCAUGUGCCUGAAAGCUCAUCUGUUGCUUUUCAACUCUGCUGACGCAUCCCAGCCCAGCCUGCUGUCCUUGCCUUGCUGCAAGUGCAGAGAGAACUCAGUGGGCAGGUUUCCUUCCCAAAGCCUCUGGCCCCAGACGUGCCAAGGCAGCAUGUGACCUUUGCCUGGUGGGCUUCUCCUGCAGGCUUUCCAUUCCUGAGGCUCAGACUGUCAGCACACUGCUGGGCUCAUUGUGGGUAGUGAGGCUGAAAUACUCCAGGACCUUGCUUUGCCUCCCCCAUUUGGUGACUUCCUCUGCUGUUGGUCACCACUUUGCAGCAGUCUGGCUGCAGUCAGACCUCUCUCUCUUUGUAGCAACACCAUGUUUAUUUCUUUCUGAGGUCUUUUUGGUUCCUUCUCUUUGUGGUUUCUUUAACCCAAGUCUCUUCAUCAUGUGUCAUAUUAAUGCCUCAUUUGGUCUCUCAGCAAAGCUUUGCUGACUGUCCUAAAGCAUUUUUUUAAAUUUUGGUUUCACUACAAAAGAAAACAAAACAAGAGAUAUUCCUAGAUAUCUGGUUAUUUUGGUGCCAAGAAAUGCGUGAUGGAUGUUAUUUGGGUUUUUAAAAUUUAUUUCAAGUCUUCUGGUGGUUUCACUAGUGGUUUCUGCUUCUUGCACUCAGAUUCUGACUAAUGUGGCCAUGACUCAGUAUGGGGAAGAUAAGCACGUUUGUGGUGUGUGGUGGGAUGUAAGCCUCAACCUACCCCUGAUUCCUAGAUGGGAUUUCUGAUGUGGUUUUCCCAGGUUGUAUUUCAAAGCCUGUUGCCUUUGAGUCUCUCUGGCUGCUCUUUGAUGGUUCAUAUAGGCUGAAGCUUGGAUUAUUGCAGUAGUUUUUUAAAACAGAGCUAAAGUAAAAUGGGGUCUAUAGCACUGAAUGUGGCUGUACACCUAACCAGAGGCUACAUGGCAAUUCAAAAGUUACUUUUAUAAAAGUGAUUUGGGAUUUGUUAUUGCAAGUGCCUCAGGCAACCUGGUCACUGCUCCCAAGAGUCCUUCAGUAAAGCCAUGGGAAUGACUGUGGAGCCUAUAGGAGAAACUGCUGGUUUCCCAUUUCUGGGUGAGGGGACAAGGACUCAGCUACAGCCCUGUGUUGUAAUGCUGACAGCACUGCAUAUAUACUUCCAUCAUGUGUGGUUGUCUCAGGUUGCUCUCUGCUGGGCUGGCUUCAGAUCCUGGGAGAAGGUUUUCCAGAGCUCAGCUGGACUCUGCACAAGCAGCAUUCCUCAGCCCCAGCUGCGUGUCCUUCCCAGGACCUGGGAAAUGCCACUGCUGGGACAGCUAAAACCUCUUCAGCCCCGCUGUGUCUGCACACUUGGAGGAUCUCAGCUGUGCUCUGGUUAAUCCAGAGGCACCACCAAAGAGCAGCAAACACACUCCAGCCCUGUCCUCUGGACACCCCACCCACCUUCCUGACACUCUUCCUGACACUGGCACUGUAGCAAAGGCCUUGCAGAAGGAAAACAUUUCACAGGGACCUGGUGGAACCUGAUUUCAGGGGUGGUAAACUGCAGGCCUGCACAUCCUAGGCUUUGGGUUUGAAUCCAAUGCCCUGCCUGUUAAGUGGCCUUUUGAGAGGAGCAUUUUGAGAACUCCAGACCUGGAGCCUUGGUUAAAGUGUCCUUCAGGGGUUCUGUGGAGAGAGCUUCAAGAAGCUGAAUUACAUCACCAGACUUCUCUCCCCAUGGACAAGGGUUUAUGCUGCCCCCAUAAGCAGAGAGUGAGAGCAUCAGGAAUGCAUUGGGAGAACUCUGGAGUGAGAUGCACUGGAGAAGCUGGAAUAAGUAUUUUUUGGGAGAGUAUCCACCUCAUACACCUGGUACUCCAGCCUGUGACCAUCUUAGUGGCUCUGCUGGAUGCAUUCCAGUUCGUGGGUAUCUCUCCUGUGCCAGGGGAGCCAAAUCUUGUUCCUCUUGGUUCCUCUUGUUCCUCUUGGAAGCGUCUUGUUCCAGAUGAUUCCUCUUGCUGCCCAUGAGCCUACCCUAGCAAGUAUUUAACCAAAGCUAAUUCAAGACUUAAGAGUGUUGAGAGGGCUCUCAGGCAGGGGGGGUAGAAGUCUAUUUCCUGUGCAUCCUUGGUGAGCUCCCAGAGCCAGCUGGUUUUGGGAAAACUUCUUGCUGCUACCAGCAAUCCCUUCUUGCUUCUCUGCCUUCCACAAUCCCAGUAUUCUCCCAGCUGCAUGACCACAGUAUCUGCAGUGCUGGGUGCUAUGGGAGCUGCUCCAAGACCUGGGCCAGCUCUGUGGCUUGUGUCUGUGCCAAGCAUAGAUGUGGCAAACUCCAACUGCCCUUCUUGGCUUGCUCUUCCCUGCUGGCCUAAAGGGGCAGGUCCACAUGUGACAGUCCCUUUUUGCCGCCAUACAGCAUUCUGUCAGCCUGCAGCUGGGCUGCCUGCAGCACUUCUGCCAUUCUUUUGGAGGCUGCUAGGAAUUGAGCCCUUGUGUGUGGCCAGCAGGACGGAGAGGGACUCCCAGUGAAGUGCUGGACAACGUGCAGCAUCCAGCUCUUUAGGGGAGGUUGUCCAGUGGAUGCUCGCCCUCAGCCCCAUGUGAACCAAAGCUGGAGCUUGUUGCCUUGGGAUGUUUGAAGGGUGUGUGGUGAAAGAUGGGUGUAAAGCCUGUUUCUGUUUCCAGCAUCCUGGUGGUCCUCACUGUGCUGCUGCCCACUGAAUUUGGACACCAGGAGAUGCAGCUGUGGCUGGUGUGGAGAAUGGGCCCCUCUGGGAGUGUUCUGAGGUAACCAUUCCUCAUGGUUACCUACACCUAGGAUCUUCCCAUACCCUUCCUUCUUCUCUUUUUUCACAGUGACAUCUCAAUCUCUCCUCAAGCUGUGUCCUUGUUUUUCAUGUUUUAUUAAGGCAUCUUUACCAUUCUUUAAAUAGCUUUGUUCUUGAAGCUGCCUUGAAAAACUGGAGCAACCAGAGCUGCUGGAACUAGUUCUGGGGAUUGAAUGUAUCAUUUUCCACUGUGGGUAUCAGGGAUGAUGAACCAUCUCCUCCUUCAGCAAAGCAAACCAGGCUGGAUUGUGGCUGUGCUUUGGUACCUGUCUGUGUUAACACGUAGCACGUGUUGCUUAGGCACACGUUUGGGAGUUCUGCUGUUGUGGGGUUGAUUGAGGAGGUGACCUGUGGCAGCCAGGCUGUAGAGCACUCUGAAGUGCCAUGGAGCUGUGUGGUGCACCACAUGGGAUCAGGAAGUUCUUCACAUGAAAAAGCAGUGCAGACUUGAAGUGCCCCGUGGCAGCAGGUGCAGAGAGAGGUCCCUCACGCUCCAGUCCUGGGUGCAGUGAGGCCCCGUGGAGCUGGUCACAGCCUGGGAGAAGGCACAAGGGGCCCCAUUCCACCAAGGAGUCCCCUUUGCAGAAGGAGCAUCUUCCUUUCAGCCCUGCCAGUGUGAGAGCAGCCUCAGUGGUGGGUCAGAGAGAGAGCAGGUCUCUGGUGGAGAGCAAGUGUUGGGUCUCCAGCUGUACCAAGGUGUUUCUGCAGAAGGACUUGGUGGGGAUGUGCCAGGGACAUGCUGGGUGCUGCUGGGACCCUUCUGCCCCAGAGGGAGGAGUGAUGGAUUGAACUGCAAUCCAACAGUUCUUGGUCAGAGCCAGAGCUGGCUGUGAGCCUUGUCCCGUCUGCUGUGCAGGGGCAGAGAGCUGGAGGAAGCGUUACUGGGGCUGUGUGGGGGGAACUGCAGCAGAUUUGGGAGGAAAAGGGAGGAGUUGAGAGCCUGGAGGCCUCUUCCAUAGGAAGCACUAGCUGCUCUCCACCAUCCUUUCCUGCAACAAGAGGUGGCAGGUGAUGGAUGAGUGAACCGGGCAUAUCUGUCCCUCUCCCCACAUCCCAAACCAGAGCUCAGAGCCUGCAGCUUGAGCUGGAGCAGUGUCCGGCAAGCCAGGGCAUCAUCCAGGCUUGAGGAGCACAUGUCCUGCCAGCUCUUUUAUUCCAAGAGGGAGGCUUGCCUCUCUCCUGCUUGCAGGAAACCCAUGAGUCCUGUGUGGAAUUUACACUCACAUCACCACAGAAACAUUUCUGGAGGCCGUGCAGACCUCUGCUCCUUGCUGAACGUCCCAUGGCCAGGCAGACACCUUUUCUGUGGUCACUCCACUUGGGUGCAGGUGUGUGCUUGGAUGUUUUUGCUCGGAGGACUUUAGCUGCAUCCUUCCUCCAGAAGGGAGCACAGAGGGAUUUUUGUAUGCUGAGCUUCUCACAGCCUCAGACUUGGAGAAAGGAGAAGCAGCAGCAGCUCUGGGGAUAAUCCGGAUUUUAAAGAAAAUUUGAAAAACACAAGUAUGGUGACUUCCAGACCAAGGACUGCACCAGGGCUGGAUUGGGAUUGCAUUUCUCAGUCCUGCCUGUGCAGCCGGGAGGCAGGAGGAGGCUGCAGCCCCUGAAGCCCUCACAGGCAGCAGUGCAAGCCCCAGGACCUGCCCAGCACACAGUGGACUCUUCUCUCCUGCUGGUUGCUCAAAACUCAGGUAUGAAAUGCUCAGCUGGAGCACGGGGUGCGAGGUCUCCGCAGGUUUCCUGGCAGCCCUGGAGGAGCGGCCACUGCUGGGCACAGCUCCCUGUGCCACUCCAGGCUUCUCAUCGCCUUCAGAAGGGAGUUUCACCUCUUUGGUACAACAUUUGGCUACGUGGACAUUACACAAACUGUGCACAUUGGUUCAGUCUACGCUUAGUAUUUGUGAAUUAAGUUAUCUGACGCUUCGCAUGAAAACUUCAAAAAAGGGGGUUGGGGGGGUGGAUUUUAACUGAGAAAAAGCCUAUGAAAAUAUACUGGAAAUAUGGUAAAGAAAUCGACAUUCUGCUGUAUAUUGACAGAAUUAUUUUUAUUAAAAUACACAUCCAUGUGCAAGA